UUCAAGAACGCCAGAAUGACUGGUAACAAUUCAAACUAUGAAAAAGGUAACAGAGUCCUUGGCACUUCUCAACAGGUGGUGACACAGCUAAUAACGCGCAGUGCAUACAUGGGAGUAAAUGCAUAGAAAAGCCUGUCGAUGACACGACAAAGUUAAACCCAAAUGAAGCAAGGUGAGCGGUGCAAGUAAAACUGCACCACGUUAAAGACUGCUUGCCUGGGAUGGAGCAGUGGGGAGGUGCGCAGAGGCAUGGACAAGGGCCUGGCAAAAUGGAUUCCUUUCCCUGGGCUGCUAAUGCUACUAAUAGUUCCCUCCUGUUAUAGGGUCGCUAUAACAAGGUAACGUACAGCACUUGGAAGACGGCCUGAUCCAGAAUAACACUAAUGUUCACAUGGCUGCGACUCUCAGACCAAAAUCAACAGCUGGUAUCUACUGAAACCAGCAAGGCGAAACCACGGGAACGGCGCUCCUUUGAGUAGAGCAACGCACAUCACACCCCAUCACAUCACAUCCUCCCUAGCGGGAGGCUCUGGCCUCACCGGAGCGGCACUUCCCGGAAGAGCCAAGGAUAUUCCGGGACUAGCACGGGACGGCGGCCCAGACCCCCUGGCGCCCAGCCGGCCGCCCUGUUGCAGCUCUCCCGCCAAGACAUGCGCCUAGCGGCAGGGAUUCCGCGGUCACCAUUUAUUCUUGGCGCUAAGCUGCCGCUUCUCAUUUCUAUCACCACCGAGCAACGCAGACCCCGCCGUUGCCUUCCACUCUGGGCCAGCCGCUCCAGCAGCGACGGGGGCGCCAGGUUGUGCGGGGACUGCACCACCCGGCCCGAGGCUUUUGAAGCCACGCUUGGGCUCGGGGGGUGGGCAGGACCUGCCCCGUGCAACUGCCGCGCACGCAAGCUCCGCGCGAGGCCCGGGCGCCCAAGCGGGGAUUCCCACUCUCGUCACCAGCUCCAGCGUGGGGCCCCCAGGCUGUGGAGCCCAAAUUCCAGCCGCCCGGCAGCGCCUGGACGAGCCCGAAUCUCACCGCGCUGGAGAUCCGCCUCCUCCCGCCCGGGCGAGGGCGCCGUCCUCCCUCGGAGCUGCGCAGGCGCGUCCCCGCCCUCCGGUCACGUGCUACAGCGCUCGGCCACGCGACCACGCCUCCCGCCGGAGUCUGGGAAAAGGCCGCCCUGUUCCAGAACGGGAAGCAGCGACAGGAAGGAACUGGGUGCACUGGCGUCUGCCGCCGCCCUGAAUUACCGUUAGCAUGUGGCGGCAAGCUCAGCCCCCCUUUCUUAAACAUAAGGUAAUUCUGAUUCAGACACAGGAAUUACGGUGAGGGUAGAAACGGACUGGAAGGUUCGUUCCCCUUGCCCACCAAGACUCCAGAGCAGGGGGUUCCAGAUGCCUACUCUCCAUGAAGCCCUGGGCUUUCCGUACCUCCCUGCUUUUCCUGUGAACUCGCUGCACAGCUGAGCCAGAAUGUGUUCUUACCAAAACGGGCAUUUCCCAAAAGACAACACUGUUUUAGA